CACGUUUCUCCGUUCCGAGCUGUUCAUGGUGGACCGUUGCGAGAUCUCUACUGUGCUUCGUUUCCUGCUGGAUCUUCAGUGCGUCUUUUACAUGAGUACUUUAUCACAAUUAUAAUUACGUUUUAUACGGGCUAGUAUUACAUUGGUUUGAUACUGAUUUGUGACGAACGUUGCGAGUAAACGACUACGCAAUAAAUUUUUGUGCUCUAACCUUACACUCGACGAUGUGUAGAUUUGUGCAGUUCGUGAACUAUUUUCGCUAAUAAUUAACAGGAUUGUAGUGGUUGUGCAUUUUCAUGGGAGAUUUACGUUUCAUUGUUAGGACGAUACUAGUUAUUACUCCAAUUCCAAGAGAUUGUGAUAUAUCAUGAACAGUUUUGUGAGUACUGACAGUUUCGAGUAUUAAGUAUCGAACAACGAAGAAGCAUCGUUGUUCACGAUUACCUUAACCCUAAAAUAAAGUAUUAUGUGUUUACGAAGAACAAGAUACAACGUUGGUGAAACGUAACCGUACAUCCAUUGCGUUUUGCGAACUCCCCUUAGUUUUUACGUUAAACAUCACAUUCAUAAACUGAGUAUGUCCAGAAGGAAACUUGGUGGUGACAAACAAUUUAGCAACGUGGAUUAUACUCAGCUUACCGAAACAGAUAAUGGUUUCAUUGAUUCUCAGUUUGUGAAUCCACCUGUCAAAAUACCAUGGAAAGCUAUUACAUUAGCAGCUCUUCUUUUUAUUGGAGGUACCAUCAUGCUUAUCAUGGGAAGCCUAAUUGUGAGUGGACACUUUGAUUCUAAGUAUUCAGACCGUAUGUGGCCAGUUAUUAUUUUAGGAAUUUUAAUGUUUAUACCAGGGGCUUAUCAUAUGAGGGUGGCUGUUUUAGCUUAUCAGAAAGUGCCUGGUUAUUCCUUUGAUGAUAUACCAGAAUUUGAUUAAUCAAAUGCUAUCUGUUUAUGUAAAAUUAAUUAGAAAUUCUAAUUCUUCUUUAUUAACACAUUAUCUGUUGAAUUUACACAAAGUUUUAUAGAUGUUACAUUACCCAUAUUUAUAUUUUUGUGGUACUUUAACCGGUUAUAAAUAAUCCUUGAAAGAAAUGUAGGACAAUGUAAUGCAGUAUUAUAUUAUAAUAUUUGCUUUAUGCAAAUGAAUAGUGAGUUUAAUUGCAUACUAUGAAAACAUAUACAGAAUAUUCAUACCAAUGUGUUAAGAAUUUAUUUUCGAAGUAAUAACACCAUAUUGGUAUAAACUGUAUGGUCAGAGCUUUUAAAUGUCACACAUAAUAUUAAGAACAGGUACAAAAUACACUGAAAGAUAAUUAUAAUACUA